CUUCAGUUCUGGACACGUAUUUGCGGGAUGCAUUUUUAAAUGCACAAAUGGUUUGUAUUGAGGAAGGAGCGGCUCAUGCUAAAGCAGAAAUACGAACAUGACUACCAUCUCUAAUGGUGCUUUGUUUUUACUCGAGUCUUCAUAUAACUGUCAUUUUUCUUAGUGCGCGCUUACGUAUCUGUGUCGGAUGGCUGUUUCUGCAGGUGGUGGAGGAGAUUGUGUGUGCCGAGACAUUUGCCCAUACAUCGGCAAUGCCAUGUCCCGAUAUUUUCAUCUGAAUCUUAAAAGCAUUAUGCUCCCGUCUACAUUAGCUGGCAAACUUGCUCACCGUCUGACAUGGUUUUUUGUUUGCGGGAUUUCAUACACCUUAUUGUUAUCAAAAGAGAACAACCCAUUCGCCCAAAAUGGAGAUCUAUGGCUGGAUGGCCAAGGUCUCGACUUACAUUACUCCGCGGAGCUAGACGGGUGUUAUAAGGCACAACGUGGCAUUCACUUCUUCACCGCUUCUUUUACUAUAGAGCUAUUAAGAUUCCCAGCGUGUCCACUAACUGUGGAGGUGCAUUCUCUGGCGCCUGGAGUCUUCUCUAUUUCUUUUUUGGUACUUCGCGAAUGGGCGCUUGGCGCUUGGGCCCGUUCAGAAAACUCGGCAAAACCUCGCCACGGCGUACAGGUACAGGGCAUCGGACCUAGAGGCGAACAAAUCUGAAGAGUCCUUGUUCAUGAGAUCUAUCGUGCCUUUCGUCUGUUCUUCGGAGUACUUUCGCUCCAUUCCAAGGCGCCUUUUAUCAGAUAGAGAAUGAUCUACAGUGCACCAGAUAAAAAUCUAAGGAAGGCAACAGGAAGACCGCAUUCUCAAGAUUGAGACAGACUUUAACAGACUUCAGGACCUGUUGAGGGACUGCUACUUUGACAUGAACCUGGCAAGUUCUUGUCUAAAUUGCUAUGAUAGUACAAGUCGGGCCAGAAGCCAGGACGGAAAUUGCCAUUAAAUAUCACCAUGGUAGCCAAGGACGAAUAGAACGCGGU